AUGUUGGUGGGUGACCCUGAGAGAGGUGCCGGGCCAGCGUCCCCCGUGGCCCCAUGGAGCCGAGAAGGGGUGCUGAGUCUCUAUCAGGCUCUGCUGCCAGGGCGAGAGCUUCAAUACACUGAUUGAGACUUCUACUUUGCCUCCAUCCACCAUGAGUUCCGGAAAAAUCAGAAGCUGGAAGAUCCUGAGGCCCGAGAGAAGCAGCUGGAGAAGGGCCUUGUCUUCCUCCACAGCAAACUAGGGGGACUUAUUUAG